AUGGGACUCGAACAGCAAUCCGGUGUGCGAGGAAAGUGGUAUUACUCAGUGGUACGCACGUCGGACAACGAUGACCGUCUGGUCGAUUUAUGCGAACAGACGGGACUCAUCAUCGCUUCCACGUUUAAGAGGAGUCAUCGACGUCAUCAGCUCACGUGGCAGGCGUCUACCCUUUUAACGCCUGAAGAGCAGUGCAAGCAGAAGAUGAGGACUCUUAAACUUCAGUUCGACCACAUUCUGGCGAGGAACAUGCCUCAGUCAGAUGACCGAGAAUCUAGAGCUGUUUCGGACGUCGCGUUCGACUCUGAACACCGUCCACUUCUUCUCAGCUUCAGGAUGCGAUUCAACAAGAGAAACCGAGGAGUUCCUCUUUAA